CGGCUCACGGUUGCCAUGGCGCCUCCGCGCUUCGGCGGCGGGAGGCUGCCUGGCUAGGCGCCGGCGGGCUUCAGCGGGGACUCCGGCGCUGAAAGCGGAAGGAAUCCCGCCCGGUGGGUAGCUAGCAGCCAGCCUGUGUGGAAGAAUGGCUGUGAGCCACUCAGUGAAGGAGCGAACCAUCUCUGAGAACAGCCUGAUCAUCCUGUUACAGGGCCUCCAGGGCCAGGUGACCACUGUGGACCUGCGGGAUGAGAGUGUGGCCCAUGGGCGCAUUGACAACGUUGAUGCUUUCAUGAACAUUCGCCUGGCUAAGGUCACCUACACGGACCGUUGGGGGCAUCAAGUGGAGCUGGAUGACUUUUUUGUGACAGGCCGUAAUGUCCGAUACGUCCACAUCCCGGAUGAUGUGAACAUCACCACGACCAUCGAGCAGCAGCUACAGCUCAUCCAUCGCGUGCGCAACUUUGGUGGCAAGGGCCAGGGCCGGAAAGAGUUUCCUUCCAAAAAAUAUAAGUGAGACUGCCCCCUUAGCAAGCUCCAGCACCAACUCAGGGUCUGCCCAUGUUCUGAGCCACCUCCCUGCCAUCCCUCCUUGUCUGAAAUCUGAUGUCUCACACACGCCACCUGUCACAACAGCCUUUCACAGGGGUCCACCUCCCAGACUCACUUUGGAACCCAGGAUCCUAAUCUGGCUGUCUGUGGCCUUGGGGAAGUGACAAUCUCAUCUGCCCUCCUUUUUUUUUUUUUUUUGGUGGUUCUAGUGUUUGAACUCAGGGCCUUGUGCUUGCUAGGCAAGCACUCUAUCACCUGAGCCACAAUCUCUUUUUUGAUCAUUUGCUUCGAAAUCUCUGAUUUACUGAACGUAGGGCACCUGUGAAGUCAUUUUCAACUCUGACGGCAAAGAUUAUUAAAAUGUGCU